AUGCUAUCACGGUUUCCAGGGUCGCUCGUGAACAGAGCUUUGCGCAGCCGACUUCUCUCCGCACAGCAAUACCGGGCGACGAUUUCAGCACGACGACUUCCACAGCCAUUGAUUGCAUCAAGACUAUACAAUGAUUCGUCCCUCAAACAAAACUCCCGGAGUACCUACGAUACUCGCCCCGAUGACCGGACUUUUCGGAAGCGCGGUUUUCCAUCUGCGCCAGGGAAUAAAAGGACGGAUAGACGGACUGAGUUCUUCAAAACAGCAAAGGGAAGAGCAGCCUUGAUGGAUAUUGCAUCAGGCCGGGCUGUAGGUCGUCAGCAUGAUGAUGACGAGGUUGCGGAGAUCGGGGGUCGGGAGACUGAGGCUGCUGAAGCCGAAGAGGCAGCGGACAAUCCAUUUGAAUUUGAUAUCUCUGAUACUCCGGAUGAUGAGGUUCCGGAUAGUGAGGCUCCCGGGGUUGAUGCACCUCGUGGAAAAACUUUCGAUAGAAGAUCCGAUCGUGAUUCCCCGAGAGCGAAAGUCACACCCAAGAUUAUCAAUAUGGAAUUGAAAUGGAUGACCGAUCCGAUGGACUUGACGCAGCGGGUUGAGCGCCUUUUACAAAUCGACGAUGCGGACAAGGCUGCCGCACUGGUCAGGGCUGCAACGGCGAAGGGCAUGAGAACCGGUAGUGCCUGGGUACUUCUUAUGAGAUAUUGCUUUGAGAUGGACCAUCCGCAGGCUGCGUUUAAGUUCUGGAACGAUAUGAAAAAGCGUGGCGUGAAGCCGGGUGAAAAAGCGUACACGGCCAUGUUGACGGGUCUCAGUUCCGCGACAGUCACAAAGUCUCCGGCUACGAUGAAGAUUGCGGAAUCUAUCUACCGCUCGAUUAGCGCUCCCAAUUCUGGAGUCGAGCGUAGUAUCAUCCACACCAAUGCGAUGCUUUCAGUUUGUCAUCGCCAUGGUGAUAUGGAUCAGCUGUGGAAGAUUAUCGCCGACACACCGGAAGAGGGACCAAAUUCUCCCGAUACUACCACUUAUACGAUCAUCUUAAACGCUGUCCAAUUUGCGAGCCGCCGCGAUAUCGCUAAAAUGAGUCCCGAUGAUAUUGAUGUGAUUCUCCAACGAAAGAAACAAGUUAUCACCGAAGGCAAGCGGAUUUGGGCCGAUGUCAUCUGGCAGUGGAAGAACAAAACCCUAGAACUUGACAAUCAAGUUGUUAGCGCCAUGGCCAGCUUGCUUCUGGAUGGCGCCAGUGAUAUGGAUUGUUACAAUGUCCUCGAGCUGUACAAGCAGACCAUGGGGAUUCCCAUAUUGCAAAAGCGGCCCGCCGAGGGCGCGAGCAGCACGCGUCGCAGGAUCAGUCGUGAGGACCAGCAAGCCAUACAGAAUGCCGAGGCAGCUCGACAAGAACAGCUGGAAGAUGUUCCGUUUGUAGAUGAGAAUAACCAGCCAUUGGAUUCAUCGAGUUCAUCAGUGCCAUCAACUCCGCAAGUUGAAGCAGAGGUGGCAAACGUGGAAGAAGCGGAGGACUUCUCGGAACUCUUCAGCCCUGUCGUCCCCGAUACGGAGGGUCUAGAAUACCUUCGACCAGACAGCAAAGAACUGACUCAUAUAUUGAGUGCCUGCUUUACCAUGACCCAAGGCCUUGAGGGUGGUCAGGCCUAUUGGAGUUAUCUGACCCUGAAAGACAUCCCCCACCGCUUCGAACCUGACACAUACACCUAUAUCCAAUACUUCCGCCUCCUCCGCCUCUCUCGCUCCAGCAAGGUCUGUGUCAAAACCUUGCGGGAUCAGAUGAUUCCCUCCGGCCAAGCAACCGGAUUAGCAUUCCACCUCGCUCUCAGCGUCUGCCGCCGUGAUCGGCGCAACAGCUCCAUCCUCCUGCACACAAACGAGCUGAUGUCUCUGAUGGACAAAGUCCUGGUUCUACCCGAGCUCCGAGUCCUCGACGGAUACUUGAGCAUUAUCCAGAAACUGGCUGACUCCCCUUCCUUCCUCCUCAACCUAAGAGGCCUCGAAGACGAAGCUUCCGACUCCACCAAAGAGAAGAAAAAGUCCUCACUGCCAGCUCUGAACAGGAAAUUCCAAGUGAGACUGCGACUAACCGCCAUCAACGUCCUACGCCCCUAUAUCCUCCAGCUACACACGGCUCUGGAGAGCGUCCUUGGGCUCGGACACCUGGAUAAGAGCCCGAGAUAUCGCUUCCCGAGGGAUAAGGAAGGCGUUGAGGCUCCUCUCGACGGUACGACAGCUGUCAAGCUAAUGGCGUCCGUCCGUCUGCUAGUCGACGAGACGCUGCAUCUGGAUGCCUCCAAGAAUCUCAUCACGAAAGCCGAGCGCGAGGCGCUUGCCGCUGACUCGGCCAGGCUGAAGAAGUAUUCUGGCAGGCAGACCAUUGAGGCUCUCCAGAAAAAGAAGAUUUACCCCACGUCGCAGCAGCUGCAGGAGGGUCGUCAGCGCAUUAGGGAAUAUCUGCGGGCUGCUCAACAGUCUAGUGAGCCGAGUUGGGGCUCGGCACAGCGGAAAGCAGAGGCUAAUUGA